GUCUGAGUGCGCAUGCGCAGUCAGCUCCAUUCGAGGAAGUGGAUAGGAGAGACAACUGCAGCGCCAGGGAGGAGAGAGUUGUUUGUUCCCCGCUCACAGAGGAGAGACCCGCCGCCUUCUUCAAAAUGUCGGAAUUUGACCAUAACCCGUUCGCACAGCCCGCCGGUGACAACCCCUUCAAUGAUCCUUCUGUCACACAAGUGACAAACUCCAGUAUAGAAACAGUUGACCAGUACAACCCUUUCCCUGGCCAUCCCACAGAUGGCCUAGCUAGUAACACAACUCCAGCCGCCACCUCUCCCUACCAGCCUGCUGUGUUACAGCCGUCUACAGAGCCCAGUCCACAGGUAGCGGCUGCUGCAGCUCAGGCCAACUUGCUGAGGCAGCAGGAGGAGCUGGAGAGAAAAGCUGCUGAGCUGGACCGCAGAGAGCUGGAGCUCCAGAGCAGAGGGCCGACAGGUAAACAGAACAACUGGCCUCCACUACCCAGUUUCUUCCCCAUCAAACCCUGUUUCUAUCAGGACUUCUCAGAGGAAAUCCCUCCCGAGUAUCAGAGAGUCUGCAAGAUGAUAUAUUAUCUCUGGAUGUUCAACUGUAUGACCCUGUUCCUCAAUCUACUGGCUUGUUUGGCUCUCUUCACCACGGAGACAACCCACGGUGUGGAUUUUGGCCUCUCUAUUCUCUGGCUAGUCCUCUUCACCCCCUGCUCCUUCCUCUGCUGGUACCGGCCCAUCUACAAGGCCUUCAAGUCUGACAGCUCCUUCAGCUUCUUCUUCUUCUUCUUCGUGUUUUUCUGCCAAGUGGUGAUCUUCGUCAUCCAGGCUGUAGGUAUCCCAAAUUGGGGGAACAGUGGUUGGAUCACCGCCAUCACGGCCUUCAGCACAAACAAGGCAGUGGGAGCCAUCAUGGUCGCAGUGGCCAUCCUCUUCACGAUGUGCGCUGCGCUAAGUGUCGUCCUGCUCAAGAUGGUCCACGGCUCGUACCGUCGUACUGGAGCCAAUUUCCAGAAGGCCCAGCAGGAAUUCUCACAGGGCGUCUUCACCAAUAAAACCUUCCAAACAGCCACCGCUGGUGCUGCUUCUGCCGCCGCCCAGGGAGCCUUCCAGGGAAGCAACUAAUGGUUGACCGAGCUACAAUGAGCUCCGUUCAACAUGUCAAGGUCUAUAUCUUUUAAGGUUUACACAAUUAAACUAAAGUAAUACUGAAUCAUUGAGGGAGUUUAUGUUCACUGAGAACCACCACCAAGGUAGCAGUGAUCAUUCCUGGAAUGUUCCUCUGGGAGCAGCCCCUGCCCUUCGGAGCAAAAAUUAUAAUUUAACCUUAGAAUGUAUAGACCUUGAGCUAUGUGAGGCUACUCCCGCAAUUCCCCAUGUUAGCUUUGCUUUUCACACUCGGUGUGUGUCUCCUGCAGACUGACUUGGUCCAACUCUGAUCGAAGGGCAUUCAAUGGGAGAGUAAAUUCGCACGUGGAAAGCAGGAAUGAAGUUGACUGAUUGAUGUCUCAGUGGUUCCUGGCUUUGUAUAUUUUGUGUGCACUUUUUGGCAACGCUCUUUAGUCGUGUGUGUGUGUGUGUGUGUGUGUGUGUGUGUGUGUGUGUGUGUGUGUGUGUGUGUGUGUGUGUGUGUGUGUGUGUGUGUGUGUGUGUGUGUGUGUGUGUGGGUGUGUGUGUGUGUGUGUGUGUGCUAGUCACAUACUGUAUAUUCACAUGGGUGCAGUAUGCUUGUGUUUUUCUCCACGUUGAUGGCGGAACCUGAUCAUGUAGUAUAAAUAAGAUGAAGUGUUUCUGUGUGUUUGAUUUCGGUCUUGAAAAGCAUUUCAUUAUGUUUUUGAACCCAGUUGGAAAACUUUUUUUGUGUGUGUGUAUGUACUCCAAAUAUCAUUUCAUAUCAACUGAAGAAAUAAAUCCUGUGGUUUAUCUGUUUGGCCUUACAGUUCUGCAUAACACUCUUUACUGUAACUAUUCAUUUAAAUCUUGAAUGAUUAAUUAAAUAAGGAAAAGGACUAAGUAUGUUCCAGCAGCCUCCCUCAUAACUUUCAGGCUUUAAUACUUUGCUAUUAUUUUUUUACAACAUGUGUCUUUGACUUCUGUCUGGAACCAAACUUUUUCAACACCCACCAUAAUAUCAUGUAAUUGGUGGAAGUGCUUUACAGUGAGUCAACUGUUUGUAAUUUAAGAUUACCAGUCUUAUUCUUCAUUUAGUUAAUUUAAGUGGAUGCUAAUUUAUUUUGAAUCAAAGCAAUAAACUGAUGGUUUUUUUUCCAUUAUCAUGAUAAUAGUAAUUUUUUUUUAAAAGUAAUCUCAGUCACACUCAGCCUUCCUUAAGAGUUGCUUCUAAACAAACCAAGCAACACUGAGCAUGAAAAAUGGAUGUUCCCUAUACAAUACAUAAAUUGACAUUAGUCCGUACAGAGUCGAUUGUUGGAAGUAAUUCACAUUCCUCUCAUUUGUAUCUGUAAUUAAAGGAUCAUAUUUCCACGUACUAUUCACCUCAGAAGAAUUUCAAUACACAAAAGUCAUCGUUAAGACCACCAAGACCUAAAUAAUCUGAGCACUGAUGUAUUUUUUCUGUUUGGUUUCUUAUUUUGGAAUGUUUUUGACUUGAUUUACUGUUUUAAAACUUCAGCUUGGAUAUAAUAUGUCAGCUUUUCCUCAAGUUCCUAACUGCAAUCUCAGAUCAUCUGUGUGAUGUUAUUACAACAGACGAGAGUCUAAUUUAAAGUUUAAUCUUACAUCCAUAAUAAAAUCACAGAAUUUGUAUUAAAUACACAUCUCUGAAAUGCAUUGUAUUAGGAGAACAGAAGUCAGUGUCUUUUGUAUUUCAAUACUGGAUAUAGCAUCUAAUAAAAUGCUUUGCUUUCA